GUGAUAUUUGCAUGCGAUGUGAAUUGUAAAUUAUAUGUGAAAUGAAAACAAGCAAGUGUUGGGUUAUUUUGAAGUUGUGCAAAUAAUUUAUAAUAAGCUUAGGCUUACUUUAGUAAUUUCUGAAAGGAAUCUAUAUUAUUAUGGGUCAAGUAGCUUCGUUUGUGGUGCGAAAAAUCAACCGUUUCAAUGUGGAAAGUCGGGCGCAUCGUGUUUUGGAGAGAGAUAAGCCAACACCGGCUCCGAAAUACGAAUCCAAUUUAAGAGACAUGGAAAGAACGAUGGAAUUGGACCCUACAUUUUUGGAGAAACUAAACAAGAAAGAUUUAGAAUUGGAUCAAAGACUGAAAAAUGUUUAUGUAACCUCAAAGGAUAGUUAUGAUAUCAAUAAAUCAAAGGCAGAGAAAGAUAUUCAAAGUCUACCUACUGAUCGAUCAACACCCGAAGAUUUUCAGUAUGGUUAUCAGGAACCUAAAAAAGUAACAGUGGGCCGAUGCACCUUAAAGCAAGCUUUAGAGUUCAUCACCAACCACCAAAGUGAUCCCGAGAAAUGGACGGCUCAAAAAAUUGCUGAUGAUUAUAAAAUGAAGCCGAAACUAAUCGAGCACAUACUCCAUCAUUUUAAGACAUACAAUAUAUAUGUACCUGAUCAAAAUAGCAAAGAGACCAUCUUGACGCAAGCUAAACGAAAAUUGCUAACGGAUAACCCCAAAAACCAAAGUAGUUCUACCUAAGUAAAGCGCAAAAACAGUUAAACUCUUACUGUUCAGUAAAAGAAAAUAGAUAAUUGGUGAUUAUAUAAAUGGGAGGCUUAAGAUGAAACUUAAAU